AUGGAACUGUUUCUGCGUUUAAUUUUGAUUGUCGUUAAGGCAAUCGCCCUGAUAGUCGGACCGCUGCUGGACCUAUUCUGGUAUCCGCCGAAAGUACGAAAAACCUUAUUGCCGCCCAUUAGGAAUCGCCUGCUUACGCUGAGCGUCCAGGAACUGCGCAAUCGUCUGCGUAGGCGACAGCUGACUUCCGUGGAACUCGUUGAGGCCUACAUAGAACGCAUCGAGGCGGUUAAUCCGCAUUUAAAUGCCUUGGUCGAAUCUCGUUUUCCUGCAGCUCUGGUGGAAGCAGCUGCAGCUGAUGACCUCAUAGCCGGCUCGACCGAUGUGGAGAAGUUGUUCAGAGAUCGCCCCCUGCUGGGACUACCACUAACAGUGAAAGAAUCGUGUGCCCUGGGCGGCAUGACCUUCGCUGUGGGCAGUUUGGCCAGAAGGAAUGUAAAAGCGCAGGACGAUGGCGUGGCCGUGAAACGGAUCCGCUAUGCCGGAGCCAUUCCACUGCUUGUCUCUGCCACGCCCGAGUACUGCUUCAGCGUUGAUACGGACACCAUGCUGAAUGGUCGCUGCAUCAAUCCAUACGACUUUGAGCGCACACCCGGUGGUAGUUCGGGGGGUGAGGGCUCUCUGAAUGGCGCUGGUGCUUCGCUCUUUGGUAUCGGCUCAGAUAUUGGCGGCUCCAUUCGCAUUCCCAGUCUGUACUGCGGCAUCUUUGGCCACAAGCCGUCCAGUGGAGUGGUAUCCGUGGGCGGUCAUUUCCCCAACUCGAGCGCCGAGGGUUUUGAGCAGUAUCUAGUGGAGGGACCCAUGUCUCGCUUCGCAGUGGAUUUACCCGAUCUGCUCGAGGUGAUGGCUGGCAGCGAAAAGGCAGCCGCUCUGCGCUUGAGAGAACCCUUCCAGUUGAGCCAACUGAAAAUCCACUAUGCCCUGGGAUUCGAGGGCAUCAACGGAUGGAUGCAUCAGUCGGUGGACGGGGAGAUCCAAAACGCAAUACGCAAGGCUGUGACGCACCUGAAAACCCUCGGCCUGGACGUGCAGCGCGCCAAGCUGCCAGACCUCGGCAACUCCAUGGAGAUGGCGCUGGUCUGGAUUGCAAACCUGCACCAGAUGGACUACCUGCUGGAGGCCGAACCCACUGAGGGGUCGGGCAAAGUGCGUGAGACACUGGGCGAGAUGCUGCGGAGCAUCCGCGGUCAGUCGAGUUACACAAUCAACGCCCUGAUCUUUGAGCUUUUGCGCCGCUGUCAGGCGUUAAUGGGGCGGCCUCAGAUGGAGCAAUACCUGGCAGAGUCGAAGGCGCUCAUAGGAAAGUUCAGCACGUUUCUUGGGGAGAACGGGGUACUGCUAUUUCCCACCAUGAGCUCGCCGGCAGGCAGACAUAAGUGGACUGUUUUUCCGCUGUGGGGCAUCGACUACACCCUCAUCUUCAACGUCCUUGGCCUACCGGUCACGCAUGUGCCCAUCGGAUUAAAUAAGCAGGGCCUGCCUAUAGGAUUAUCCGUGAUUGCGGCGCCCCAUCAGGAUCGUUUGUGUCUGCACCUGGCCAUGGAGCUGGAGAGGGCCUUUGGCGGUUGGCAACCACCCACCCCUCACGAGUUUGAUGAUUAAAUCAACGUUGAACUAAACAACUCCUAAUAAAUAAACAAAGGCUCAAA